UUUGAUUCCUCGAUGGUAGCAUCGAUAGUUUCCCAGCUCCGCUUGAGAGCCCAGCUCUAAAACCAAAAAUUCCCAAGCCAUAGUUUGCUUGGGAAUUAGAUAAACAAAUGUGCGAACCAAGGAGCCAACCGCCCGUGGAGCGUCCACCGACCGCGGAGACCUUUCUGCCCCUCAGCCGCGUGCGUACGAUCAUGAAGAGCUCCAUGGACACGGGCCUGAUCACCAACGAGGUGCUCUUCCUGAUGACCAAGUGCACGGAGCUAUUCGUUCGCCAUUUGGCGGGUGCGGCGUACACGGAGGAAUUUAGCCAGCGACCGGGCGAAACGCUCAAAUACGAGCACCUCUCCCAGGUGGUCAACAAGAACAAGAAUCUGGAGUUUCUGCUGCAGAUCGUGCCGCAAAAGAUUCGUGUGCAUCAGUUCCAGGAGAUGCUGCGACUAAAUCGCUCCGCCGGCAGCGACGACGACGACGACGACGACGAUGACGACGACGACGACGACGACGAAGAAGAGUCCGAAUCGGGAUCGGAGUCUGAUGAAUAGACGGUCAUGCAGAUGUAUUUCUCUACACGGAAAUUGAGUGGAUCAUCCAUCCAUCCAUCAAAACACCGACUGAUUUUAUUGCCACCCUGCUAUCUUUAAUUUUAGACUAGACGAUAAGUGAAAAAUUGUUAAUAGAACCACUGAUUAAUAAAGAAGCAUAAGAGCACUGCGUCCUCCAAAUGACCAUAAGAUCCGCGGAUGAUUACCGUGUGUCUGCGCCUGAUAAGAUUGCCGUUCGAAA